AAAAGUCAAAUUACAAUGAUUAAGUUGAAUUCAAUUCUAUGUAAUGUCAAGAAUAUACAAAAUGCUAAACAAGUGACUCGUUUCCUAUCUACGGAUUUAAGCGAAAAUUCAUCAAAAUUAAGUCUGCGUCAAAAAACAUGGAUGCAUUUUCAGCAAAGAUAUGAAAACCAUCAUCACAUUUUUUACAGUUCCCAUUUAGAGCUUCAAGAGAAAUACAUGAGUUAUGGACUUAAAAGAUCUCUUCAAAAUAAUGUAAAAAAGAGUUUAAAACGAUAUCAAAACGAACAAAAAACUUUAAAUCCAUAUGGUUCGGAAGGACCAGAAGAUUGGAUGGAGGAUUAUGAAUAUUAUAAUGAGACAAGUGAAGAAAUAAAUGGAUUAAAGCUGGAAAAUAAGUUUGGAACAGCUGAUCCAACUAUACCUGCUUCAAAUGUACCCUGCAAUGGAUGUGGUGCCAUUUUACACUGUAAUUAUCAGACAAGUCCAGGAUUUUUACCAACCGAAAUUUUUAAGGGAAGAACGGAAAAUGAACUUAAAACCAUAACGUGUCAAAGAUGUCAUUUUCUAAAAAACUACAAUAUAGCUUUAGAUUUAGAAGUCACACCAGAAUCUUACAUCGAAACAAUAUCUAGUAUUAGAGAUAAAUUCGCUUUGGCUAUUGUAAUGGUUGACCUCCUCGAUUUUCCUUGCUCAAUAUGGCCUGGCUUGCAUGAAUUAUUGGGACCUAAAAGGCCCGUUUUUAUUGUCGGCAAUAAAGUUGAUCUCUUGCCCCGAGAUAGUAACAGCUAUUUGGAUCAUAUAAAGCAAUGUUUAAAGGAAGAAAUCUUGAAAACUGGUUUCGAUCGAUUGAAUUUGAAAUAUGUGAGUCUGAUUUCAGCUAAAACUGGGUAUGGAAUUGAAGAACUCAUUACACAGUUGCAGAAAAUAUGGGCAUAUAAAGGAGACGUUUAUUUGUUGGGGUGUACAAAUGUGGGUAAAAGUUCGUUGUUUAACGUUUUAUUGAAUUCAGAUUAUAGUCGUCCCAAAUCGUCGGACUUAAUACGAAAAGCUACUACCUGUCCAUGGCCUGGAACAACGCUGCAAAUGAUAAAAUUUCCAAUACACAGGCCAUCGGAAAUUCGAGUUUACGAACGUUUUAAAAGAUUAAAUUCUGAGAAAUUUGUAAAAGCCGAAAAUGAAAAGUUACGAAUAGAAAGUGCACGUCAAUCGGGAAACGUAACUGAUGCUGUACCAGUAGGCACGAUUGGCCGCACUUUUGUUGAAAACACUGACGAAGUCGAUGACGUCUUUGCUAUGAGUAAGGGAACGCAACCAAUAACAACAUUCAAUGAGAGAAGUAAAGAAUAUCAGAAGGCUAGAUGGGUCUAUGACACACCAGGUGUUUUGCAUCCCGAACAAAUAACCAAUUUACUAACACCGCAAGAGUUAGGAGAGUUACAACCAAAGCAAAUGAUUUCUCCUCGUUCUUAUCGCCUAAAGCCGGGAAUGAGUUUAUUUCUAGCUGGCUUAGGUAGACUUGACUUCAUUAGAAGCGAUUCAACUGACAUGGAUUGGGUUCAAAUAUUUGUAUUUGCUUCCUUUGAUCUUCCAACAAUGAUUGUUGAAACCGAUCAUGCUUUGGACAUUUAUAAGAAAUACUUAAAUUCUCCACUCUUAAAAGUUCCAAUGGGAAAUGAGGAGCGCCUUCAAAAAUGGCCAGGCUUACAGUGUCACACUGAGGAUUUAAUUGUAAAAGGAUACAUUUUAAAAUCAAAAUCUAAAGAACUUAAUUGUUCAGGAGACAUUACACUCUCGUCGUCUGGUUGGGUCGGCCUACGUAUCCCAGUAGAUGUUAAUUGUAUUUUCCGAGCUUGGACACCACUCGCAAAAGGUAUAUACCUAAGAACGCCAUCAUUAGUUCCAUAUGCCGAACGAUUAAUUGGCAAAAGAAUACGAAAUUCUUUAGCUUAUAAUACGUCAAAACCGUUUGUUUUCAAAAAAUGAUAUUAGUAAAUUAUUACGAUGUUUGUUAAGAAUUUUUUUUAAUAAAAUAGCAGUAAUUGUUAUAUAAUUUUAAA